CCACCAGACCGGAGUCGUUCAUGUUGUACAAGAAGUGCAUUUAGCUCGCAAUGGAUUGUGCGUACAUUUGGUGGUGAAGACUGACAGUAGAAAAAGCGACAGCAACCAUUUUCGGAUUACACCAUCCACAUGACUAUACUUCUGAGGUUUGCUCUCCAUGUACUUAAUAGACAUCCACGGUGAAUGAAGACGGGGAGAAGAGGAGAUUCACUUCCUCAGUGUUCCUGAGUCGAUCUGAGGAUCUGUCCCAAGCAGGGACAGAGCUAGGUGUAGGACUAUAUAUGCCUCAAAUUGUGCGUCAGAUGGCGACCUUGCCACAUCCUGCAGAUAUCAUCAUUAAAGAAGAGGCACUGGACUCCGCGAUAAGUAAGUGUGUGAGGUGUAAUGGCUGCAGCGAAAUCAUAGCUGACCGUUACUUUCUCCGUGUUGGCGGUAGCCUCAGCUGGCAUUUAAAUUGUCUUACCUGCACUGCUUGUCUGACCAAGUUAGAUACACAGGUAACUUGCUACUGUCGCGACUCUAAAGUCUACUGCAAACACUGUUAUUCAAGGACUUUUAGCGCCAAGUGUGCUGGAUGUGGGCGCACUAUCCAAUCUAGUGACUGGGUCAGGCGAGCUAAGAAUCAUGUUUAUCACUUGGCAUGCUUUGCCUGCGAUGACUGCAAACGUCAGCUGUCUACAGGUGAAGAGUUCGCAAUGUUGGACAGCAAAGUGUUGUGUAAAGCUCACUACUUGGAUAUGAUCGAAGGAAGUUUUCAGGCAGCAACUGGCAAAAACGACUCUAGUUCUGUUUUGGGCUCGGAUGGUGUUGAUAAGAGAAAUGUACAUAAAUCUAAGAGGAUAAGAACCACGUUCUCGGAGGAGCAGUUGGAGGUCUUGCAAGCCAAUUUCACCAUAGAUAGUAACCCAGAUGGACAGGACCUAGAGCGUAUUGCACAACAAACUGGCCUCAGCAAACGCGUCACGCAGGUGUGGUUCCAGAAUUCACGCGCACGCCAAAAGAAGCACAAAGGUUCACCCAGAGAUAUGUUGCAUGGUUCAUCGUCGGGUGAUGAAGCGUCAAGACAGGAUAUGUGUGUCACUUGCGGGACCACGUACUGUGUGUGCUUGAAGGAAAGGGGGCCGUCAUGUACAACAUAAUCAUAAUCAAACAUUUUGUGUUAAAGUUGUAUAUAAAAAUUAUGUGUGUUAUUCAACACAAUGUUUGAUGUUUGCAAGGGAGGAUCUAGGUGGCCAACGGGGGCCAUUGCCCCGUCCCAAAAAAGGAGCAAUUAAAAAAAAAAGACAGGCGAUUUUUUGGUCUCCUUAAUUUCUCUACCUCCCAAAAGUGUGUAAAAAGCCAUAUAAUGUUGCCCCACCUAUCCCAAUGGCCAGGAAACAUUACCUGAACGAAUUUUCUGAAUUUUUGGCAGAAAAAAUGGGCCCCCGAAAAUUUGGUUCUUGAUCCGCCCUUGGAUGUAUGCUAUGAGUGUAAAACGAUGAUCGUUUUGACCGCUUAGAAGUCAUUGCCUGUCCCAGAAAAGGCCUGUUGGCUAGCGUGGACAGUCAAAUUUGCCAGUUCAGGAGAAGGGAGUAAUAAGAUAUACUAAAGACGCAUCAAAGAAAUUAUGUUGGAUCAUGUUAGGGCUAGAUGCGGUAUUUGCUCAACCGAAACGGAAGAAUUUAAUUCGAUUAAAUGAAAAUACAGACAGGAUUUGUUUUUAUUCUUAAUGUGUAGGUGUACGUCAGCGAUAACAGGAAAACGACUAGUCGCCUGACAAACUUAUCUCCCAUGAAGUGCAAUAUAUGAAUGAUUAAUAAUUACACGCUACGCAAUUUACUCGCAAUGUGAAGUGUAACCUUUUUUAUGUUGUAUUGAUGACGGUUUUACUGUUGAAACCGAUGUUAAAGUUGUGCAUGUAUUUGUACUUAAUAUAUCGUGACUCGACGGGUAUACGUGUAGUUCCGUGGGACUAAAAGGUAAGGUCUGUUUUUCCCGUAACUGACUUGAUGUCAGUUUUAGACACAAUCACCAAUAAGAUUGCUAUCAAAACUACGCAGGACCAUUUUGGUAAAUCUAAAGAAGUUACUGAAUAAUGUUGUGAGACCAAGAAGGAUUAAAAUGUUAGGGUGGUUAAAGCAGUAAUACUUAGUGAUGUGUUGUUAUUCGUGUCGCAUUAUACGGAUGCCAGUUAAAUACAGAUGUAAGCUAUAAUUCUAAAAGUGACCCUUCAUUCAUGUUAGUCCCUGGAAUGGAAGAUUUCAGAAGCUGCACAGGAAGUUUUGGUAACAGCUCGGCAAGAUUUAAGGAAUAGCCACGGAAAGAUUUCAGUACGGCUGUGUCUUGUGCUAAUGCCGGUGAUGAUUCCGUACAAGGACUGAAUACACGUGUGACGCCAUGUCGCCUGUUGUUGUAAUUAAAGUUGAUUUAUCUGUUAAUAUUUACAAACACAAUUUGACAUAUUGCACGUACCAUCAGUCGAACAAAAGGUCAUAUGUUAAUUGCUUAACCUAAAUUGAUUUCAGAAGAUUCCAAGGGGUAUCAGUCAACAGCUCUGUGUUAUUCUGAAUGCACCUAAACAGUAGUGUCGUUGGAGCCAGUGGCAUUACAUAAGACGAGAGGGGAAUCUUGGAUUUUUAUCACUUCUAAUGUACUGUUGACCACAUCAUCAUGGUUUUCAAACUUCACUGAAAAGACUAAUCCCCAAAAGACGCUAAUUUGAUUCCCAGCAUACAUGGCCAUGUAAAGGGAAGAAUCCUUAGCAUAAUUUGCAAUAUAUAUGCAAUGUGAUUUUAUUACAAAGCCAACAAAGGCGAGAAACCCAUUCUCGGCAAUGAAUUACGGCCCUCUCUAAGAAAGUUACAUAUUAGAACUUCCUUAAUUAUGUCUAUAUUUAUCACAAAACUAACUAUAGCUUUCAUACUCAUGUUUUUCUUUCAUUAACCGUCGUUCUUACUUUCUAUUUGACUGUCGGAGUACAAAAGCGCUCGCUUCACUCUAGAACCAAAGUUGUUACAUGUAUGUAUAUAACAUGUAACCAUCAUUGUUUGUGUAUUUGUAGUACUGGUUCAAUAUUUUCUCUUUGUAAAGUCGAAUCGAUAUCAUAUUUGGGACCGUCGUAAGUGGAGAAUUCCCUGAAUAUACAUCCUGACCUGGAAAAACCACUAUACCUAAACGUAACAUGUAUUUUGUCCCAAAGUAAUGGUCGUAUUUCAUUGUUAAGGUGUAAAAUUGCAGCUUGCUUCUGCUUUUUCUGCAAAUGUCAUUGGACGCUUAUGGUGUAUUGCAGAGAUAUAUUUUUAAGUACGUAACACAACUCAUUUUGUUCUACGCACUUGAAGUUCAUCUUGAAGUUCAUGUCGUUACUGAAUUCAAAUCCUACGUCAACACACAACGGUCAGGGUUCCUUCUUCGAAAUUUCUUUCUAGCUGUAUUUUUGAUGAAACCAAAGUUAUUAUGAGACGGCAGUAGUUCUGUAAUUGUGCAGUUUCAGAGUUUAAUGAAUUUGUUUCAAAGGAAGAAACUUCAGCUGAAAGUUGUGCAGUUUACCUCAGUAAAUUUGUAACAAGGUGCUGAUCUUAUUUGUUUCUGUAAUAUUAAUCACUUUGAACCAUGUCAGGACCCUGUUCAGUGAUGGAAAAUAAAAGAGGAUUCAACAGAACCAGUAUCCACA